AUGAGUACUGCCUCGCAGUCGUCAGGGCUCAAGGCGGCCUACAUGCGGCCGUUGCGGCAGAUCUUAGGACACCCUCGAUUCGGCCACACCGACGUCAGCGAUGACCACGUGCGCGAGCAGCUGGGACACUCCGCCCUGGACAUGGCGAUCACAUGCAGGUGGACUAAGGAGUGCAAGCCUUGGACGCCGACCACGACCCUGUCGAAGCACGGCCACCUUGUGUCCGACCCUCUCGCCCUGUUGGAGACAGAGGCGGCCCGUUUUGCAGGUCUUUGGCAAGCUGACAAGGAGCCAGACGUCAUCGACAAGCCGCUGGAGAUUCUUGAGCCCCUUGAGAUCCUCGCGGCCGAUGACAUUCGUAAGGUUAGUCGCUCCUAUUCCACUGCCACGGCCAUCUCGGUGGACGGGUUCCACAUGCGCCAUUAUGCUAGCAUGUCGGACGGCUGCCUCGAGGCUUUCAGUAUUCUGCUCCAGCUGAUUGAAGCCACGGGCCUUCUUCCAUACCACUUGCAGGUGUUGCAGAUGGCGCUUUUAGCCAAGCCCCAGGGGGGCUUUAGGCCUAUCGGCCUGUUCAGUUCGGGGUACCGGCUCUGGGGUAGGGCCCGUCGUAAGUUAGCUUCCUCGUGGGAGCUCGCGAAUUCUCGGAGUUACCUCGCGGCCGCGGCCUCUAAUGGGGCCUCUGAUGUGGUAUGGAGGCAGGCGCUUCGCAGCGAGCUAGGAGUUCGUGAAGGCAAAGCGGCAGCUUCCGUGCUCUGGGAUUUGUUCAAGUUCUACGAGGGCAUACAUUUGCCGCUGGUCGAGGCCCGGGCCAAGCAGCUAGGUUUUCCAUCACAGAUUACGCGAGUUUGUAUGACGGCCUAUCGUGGAGCUAGGUUCUUAACGCUCUCUUCUCUGUCUGUGGGGCCCUUUUAUUCGAUAAAUGGAGUCGUUGCGGGCUGUUCGAUGGCCACCACCUUCGUGCCCAUUUACCUUAUACCCGUCAUCGACCCGCUCCCCAUUCCUCGGGAUGUGUUCUUGGACAUUUACAUAGACGACUAUGGAGUUAGUUCGGUCGGAACGGAGUCGUCUGUCAGCAUAGGCCUUAAAGAAACCACCACUAUGCUCAUGACAGCAAUCCAUACUGAUAUGCAUUGCAGCGUUGCUGAAGACAAGGCUUCUGUCAUCGCGUCCAUUCCUUCGCUAGGCCACAAGCUCGUUCAGUUUUUGGGCCGAUUCGCAGGAGGUCCUGCCAAGGAGUCGGCGGUGAACUUGGGGAUCGACGACACUGCAGGGAAGGCUAGACGCUCCGGUAAGAAGGGCAAGAAGUGGGCAUCCAGGGCCAGGACCUUUAAAGCCAGGGUUAAGAGAUUCAGGAAAUCCAGGGAGGCUCUCGGGAAGUGGUCGCGGAAGAUCUUCAUUGCCGGACCUUUAGCAGGAGCCACUUUCGGAGCGGAGGUCCACGGCACCUCCGACCACGAGCUCAAAUUGCUGCGCCGCUCUUUCGGCAAGUGUGUCAAGCCCUCCGCGGGCUCGCGCAGCCUCACGUCGCUCACCAUCUUAGAGCACGACCCUUGCUACUACGCGGCGACGGCGCCGACUUUGAGAUAUGCGAAAGAGGUCUGGCUCACCAGUACUAGGCAGUACGCGUUUUCGGUCCCCUUCCCGGUUCUGAGGGCGUCCUGGGACUCGGCUUUUGGAGGUCCUCCGAUCUCUUGGAAGAAAGUGUCUGGACCUCUUUCGGCGGUUAGGGCUUCCCUGUCAAGGAUCGGGUGGAACAUGAUCGAUUUCACCACCAUUGUCACGGACCAGCAGGUGUCCGUAGGUCUGACCAACACCUCCCCCAGGAUGCUCAAAAGGUUUUUGAGGGAAGGAGUCAUUCGUCACCUUCAGAAGCUGUCGGGAGCCGCUCUGGGGAUGGGCGCAGACAGGGCAUGUUACGACAUUGUCCUCCAGGAACUUCAGAAGAAGAAGUGGUCUAAUUUCGAAAAGGGUUGUAUUCGCAGUCUGGUAUGUGGAGCUUCCUGGACUGAGACCAGGGCCACAGAUGCGGGCUACUUGCUUGAUGACAAUCUCUGUCCCAUGUGCGGUGCUGCGGAAGAUACUAUGCAUCCCCGUCUGUGGAAGUGUCCGGCUGUUAGUGAGCAGCGGCUAGAUGUAGUGGACGAUGAGUUGAUCGCCCGCGCUGGUGCCAUCACUCCCGACAGCCCAGAUUGGAAUCUGUUCACCAAGGGCAUCUUUCAGCAUCCUGGCGAGUCUGUACCAGGGCCAGUGGCUGGAGGCGGUAUGUCGGUGCAGUGGGUAGACGACCCAGACAACACUUCUGUGAACAUCCAAGGGCACAUCUUCUUCGACGGGUCAGGUCUCAAAGUCUCUUAUAAGAAGCUCUACGCGGGAGCCCUUUUAAACAUGUCGAAUAGUAUGUACUCACAAGUCCACAAAGUAAAGGCUCAUGUUGUGGACGAUGGCUCGCUUUCAGCCGACGGGCUUUUCUAUAAGCAGGGCAAUGAUCAGGCGGAUAAGGCGGCCAAGAGAGGCGUCGAAUUCGACUGGUAUUUGUCACGAGUGGCUGUGGUGCCGCUCGGUUUGGAGAUGCCAGCGCUGUUUGAAGAGCCGACGCUGGACACCGAGACUAACGAGGCGAAGAAGGAGGGCGCUGGGGCGGCCGCUGGGGCGGCCAGCGCGGGCUUCGCGCUCGUACAGGUGGCUGGGGCUGCUGCCGACGCGCCCGACAUCGACGCCGAGCUGGACGACGCGGGCCCUCGGCAUGCCGCCCUCUUCCUGAUGCUCGAGGAGGCCCUGGUGUGGUUCCUCGUGCUCGCGGUCGUGGAGCUUGCCCUCCUCGGCUCGCCGGCGGUGCUCCCGCGCGGCUCGGACGGCGCCGCGCCCUGGGCGGACCGCGAGGUGCGGCUGCUCUCGGCGGCGCUCUGGAACGACGUCGCCGCUUGGGCCGCCACCGACGAGGCCCUGCCGCGCGUUCGCAGGACGAAUCUGGCCGCGGCGCCGUGCAUCUUCCCGCCGGAGCAGGGCCAGCGGCCCGAGCGGUCGCGCUCGUCCCCCAGACUAUCUCAGAGGCACCCCUCGGAGGAGACCGCCCUGGUGAGCACGGACCUGGACCCCGAGGAGCAGACGGCGGCCUUCAGCUGGCCAGUCAAGAACGGCGCCGAUUCCGACUCGGAGGAGGGCGGCUGGGGCGCGGAGGACGCGCUGGCGCGCGCCAGGCCGUACGUCACCUCGCAGGGCUCGGCCAGGAGCCCUGAGCAGGAGCAGGCGGCCGCGACAGCGGUGAAAGGCUUCGGCUUCAGGAACUGGGACGACUUCAUGGAGUUCGACCCCAACGUGAAACACAGGAUCCCCAUCACCCAGAGCGAGUUCGGGCUGCUGCUGGAGAAGGAGCAGGAGUCCUGCAGGGGCUGGGACGUGCCCAUCGACCGCAAGGAGAUCAGGGUGGCCAAGAGCCAGAGCGGCCCGGGCGUGAUCACCCUGCGGGCGUGGGCGACCGUGCCCGGGGUGGACGUCAAUGUCGCCUUCACGCUAUUUCACGACACCCAGGAACGCAAGAAGUGGGACAAGGUAUUCGCCGAGAUGGCCAUCAUCGGCGAGGAUUCUCCAGGAGGGAGAGAGGGCUCGGAGCUCCUGUACUCCGUGAUCCGGCCGCCCGUCGCGACGCCCCGCGACUUCCUGCAGUUCCGGCGGGUGCGCGUGGAGAAGGACGGCUCCAUCCUCAUCGUGCUGCGCUCGGCGGAGCAUCCCGACUGCCCCCCAGACAAGCGGUACGUCCGCGCCGAGUCGUACAUCUCUGGCUACGUGCUCCGGCAGGAGUUCCAGGGCACGACGCCGGUCUUGCGAAUCUUCCUCAUGAGCUGCACGGACAUCAAGGGCCUUAUCCCGAAGUGGAUUAUCAACCACUUCGCCCCGAAGAAGCCGGGCGAGUGGAUCGAUGCGCUCAGCAAGGCCGCCAAAGAGUUCCAGCGGACCCACGGGGGCUCGACGCACAGGCUGGAGCCUAUGCCGAGCUUCGCGGAGGACAGCGCCAUCGACCUCGAGGAGGGCCGGGAACAGUCGAGGACGCACGCGGGCAGCUGCAGUUUGGCGGAGGACGCUCGCCAGGCCGACCGCUGCCGAGAGCCGGCGACCCCGGCCGAGGAGGGCGCGGAGAGCGAGGCGGCGCGCUAGCGGCGCGGUAGCGGCGCGCCAGGCCCGCCGGGGCCGCUGCGCUCCCGCUCGGCCUCCACCCCAGCGGGGCCGUUUCUGUGUGGCUCUCUGGGACGAGGCAGCGACGCCAGCAUGAUGAACGCAGCCAUCUCCCCCUCCAGGGAUGGUUGCCCCUCGGAGGGGGGAUCUGACUAGAUCUGUACAGCUGGCACGAGGAUUAUCCGUGUUUCGGCUCUCCACCUUGUCUCGCCGCUUUUCGGUUGCAAAUACCUCCUCUUUCUCCGCCUCCUCCCGCUGCUCCUUCUCCUCCUCCCGACUCCUCCUCUUUAGCCCCGCGACAGCGGCCUCUGCAGCGGCGCAUCUCGCGUCACAAGCUGUGCCGAGACGACACCCGUCUGCCGAGCGGCGUCGUGUUUUUUUUGUUGUGCUGUUUUGAAUAGUAUUAGGUACUAGGCUACGCCUGCUAGACACGGCCCCUGCUUGCCGCGGAGUGCUCGUGGCGCCCGGGCGGGCAGCUUCGCACGGGGCCGUGUGCCGCGCGCCGUGCCGCGCCGCUCCCCAGGUGAGCAGCGCAGCGCUGCUGCUCGACAGGGGCGCGCCUUGCCGGACGGCCUCCCCGCGACCGCUGGGCGAUA